CCGCGGAAUCGCUGCCGCCGGGCGAGUCGACUGCCGUCUCUACCUGAACGGGCCGGCGAGCUGUAGCGCGCGCAUCCCAUCGAAGUCCGCGUCCAAUCCCGAGACGCGGUGCCGAUCGGCAGACACGCGACGUCAUCGAUUCCGCCGCCGCGCCGCCGCCGCCGAACCGGUUUCAGUGUCGUCGCCGGAGCCCGGGAGUCGGCAAACGCACGCCGCCAGUGGAGCACAACAUUGGGAGAGCCUGCACCGGUCAUCACGUCACCCACAACGCUGCAGCGUCCGCCGGAGUGCAACGGAGAACCGUUUAAUAUUAUAUUGUAAUUGAACUAUGGCAUCGAGGUGAACGGUUUUAAGGAACAGAAAUCAUGUCCGGCGGCACGAUGGAUUGCGUGGUUACCGGAAAUAAUAAUGUACAGCCGAUAGUCACAGAAUGUAAACUUUACAGAAGACGAUGGCUAAUGUUGAUUCUAUUUGUCCUCUGUUCGAUGAUCAAUGCUGUACAAUGGAUACAGUACAGCAUCAUAUCUAAUGUGAUUAUUAAAUUUUAUGACGUGACAAACGUUGAAGUGGAUUUCACAUCCAUUGUAUACAUGGUCACUUACAUACCACUCAUAUUCCCGGCAUCGUGGAUUCUAGAAAAAAAGGGUCUUCGUGUAGCCAUGGUAGCCGGCUCAUUCGGCACGAUGAUCGGUGCCUGGUUUAAAGUCGCGUCUUCCAGUCCAGACAGAUUUUAUAUGACCAUGAUCGGUCAGACGAUUGCGGCUAGUUCGCAAGUUUUCAUAUUGAACUUACCGGCACGUCUGGCAGCAGUUUGGUUUGGCCCGUCUGAAGUGUCUACAGCGUGUUCAAUCGGAGUGUUUGGAAAUCAGUUCGGUAUAGCUCUGGGCUUCUUGCUACCACCAUUACUGGUUCACGACAGCGGUGAUUUGUACGACAUAUCCUCGGGCUUGUCAAAAAUGUACUACUCUACAGCCAUAAUUUCGACAUUAGUGUUUUUAUUAAUAUACUUUUUCGUCAAGUCAUCCCCUCCAUUACCACCAAGUUUGGCACAAGCAAAUCAGAGAUCGACCAGUAACAACGACCCAAAAAACUUCAUUAAGUCUUUAUUCAGACUAAUGAACAACUAUGGAUUCCUUUUGUUAUUAGUGUCGUAUGGCAUAAAUGUUGGUUCGUUUUAUGCCAUUUCCACCCUGCUCAACCAAAUUAUAUUAGUAUAUUUCCCUGACAAAACGGUGGACGUUGGCAGGAUAGGUCUAUCAAUCGUCAUUGCAGGAAUGGUGGGCUCAGUAGUGUGUGGUUUUGUUUUGGACAGAACUCAUCUUUUCAAAGAGACGACUUUAGUGGUGUAUGCUUGUUCAUUAGUCGGCAUGAUUGUCUACACGUUCACAUUGUCUUGCGGAUACAUAUUCGUUGUGUAUCUGUCAGCAAUCUUACUCGGGUUUUUUAUGAACGGUUAUUUAGCGGUCGGAUAUGAAUUAGCGGCCGAACUAACCUACCCAGAGUCUGAAGGAACAUCGAGUGGAAUGUUAAAUGCAGUGGUGCAAGUAUUUGGCAUAAUUUUCACAUUGGUUUAUAGAUUGAUACUGGAUGCAGUUGGAGACAAGAAAGCCAAUUUAUUUUUGUCCGGAACGCUCGUUAUAGGAACAUUUCUCACUGCCAUGAUACCAUCUGACUUGCGGCGACAAGCGGCUCAACAAAAGAAAUCUUUGGUUAAUUAAUUAAUGAUAAUUUUACAAUCAUAAGUAAUGUAUAAUUGGCUCAAGUAUUUGUAAUUUAUUAAUACAACACCAAUAUAUUAUAAAGUAUUUAAGUAUGUUAUAUUUUAAGGAUCUGAUGAUAUUCCAUUUUCGCCUAGAAAGGAAUUAAAGUUUAAACCUGUAAAGAUUCCGUAUUUUAAUAAAAUAUAAAGUAUUUAUUUUUCA